AGGACUUUCUGUGAUGGGAACAGACGAGUGUGUCCCAGUGUUUCCACAUCCUGACAGUUUAUUGUGGCGGGGCAGACACGCAGGGGGAUUCAGCAGAGCUCAUGUGGACCAACAGCAGACAGACGAACCAGCGGGACACGGGAGCGCUGCGGGGGUCUGGAAAAUGGGAGCGGUGAAGUGAAAAACGGCCGAAGAGAGGACUGUCUGGAUGAAAGGCACCAAAAACAUAAUGGCACUUCUCCUGUGGCUUGGCCUGUUGCUGCUGGCCUCUCUCCAGUCCAGUGCCAUCAACAACUGUCACCCUGGUUGCCGAUGUGAGGUGGAAAGCUUUGGCCUGUUUGACAGCUUCAGCCUGACCAGGGUGGACUGCCGUGGGUUGGGACCCAGCACAACCAUGCCCAUCCUCAUCCCACUGGAUACUGCCCACCUAGACCUAUCCUCCAACGCCAUGGGCCCGCUCAGUGACACCAUGUUAGCUGGUCCAGGCUACACCACCCUCAUUAGCUUGGACCUAAGCAACAACCAUAUAACACAGGUAAGCCCCAAUGCCUUGUCCAAGCUCCGUUACCUGGAGACUCUGGAUCUGAGCCACAACAACCUGGAGAGCCUCUCUCCAAAAUGUUUCUCUGGCCUCCCUCUGGCUGAAGUUGACCUCAGUCACAACAGCUUCCAAGAGUUUGACAUGGAUGUGUUCAUUACUAAAGUUAAUGGUCAACCUGUCAGUGUGGAUCUGUCUCAUAACCAGCUUGUGUCAGUCCACACAACUUUGCAUGGACGAGUAUUGUACAUUCAGAGCUUAAAUCUUUCAGCAAACCGACUGUUAAGUGUACCGAGGCUGGCAGGACUUCCACUGAGGUACCUCAAUCUGGAUGGUAACCCCAUCACCUGCAUCAAGGAGGGAGCUUUUGCUCAGCUGAAAGAUCUGGUUUAUUUAUCCAUUAGUGGCCUCCAUGAGCUUCAGGAAAUCGAGCCGUACAGCUUCAAGGGCCUCCAGAGCCUGCAAGUGCUGGAUCUCUCAAACAACCCCAAGCUCAAUACGCUGAAUCCUGCAGUUUUUAGCGGACUAGACUCCCUGCUAGAGCUGAAUUUUUCUGGCUCCGGUGUGGCGUCCUUGCCAAACAACAUGCUGACCCAUCUGCCCAGUAUCAAGAGCAUUACACUGGGACAAAGCAUCUACUGCUGGAGGACCCAGAAACAGGGACAGUUCCACCGGCAGCUGGGUCAGGUCCAACACAACGAGGUGCUGAACUGUAAUGUGGAAGGCAUCGUGUUGUGAAGAAAUGGACCACUCCACAAGGGGCCAAUAUACUGUACUUUCAGAAGUGCUUGUCAGACAGUCGAAUAGCUUCAAAAACCCCGCCCCCCCGACCACCGGCUUUUCACUCCGCCUUUAGGUGUAGCCGUUCGGGACAACUAUAAACACAUUUGAUUUUUGUGAUCAUCUAGUUCUGAUAGAGCCAGAGGGUAUCCCGGCCUCUACAUUCCUGAUGCCGGAGCUGUGCCUUAUCUUCUUUGAUGUGCAAAACACUUUUUUUGUGUUACACUCACUGAAUACCUCUGUUCCAAGGUGAAAGUUUGGAAUAUGUCUUAAAGGGUAAAUGUAGCCUUCAUGAACUCUUGACACAAAUAUCAUUAAUGCUGUACCUUUUCAAAACACAAUGGCAAAAUAUACAAUCUUUUACAUAGCACAGAACAAUUUCUUUUUCAACUUAACAUGUAGUCUAAACUGGUAAAGAAUCCAGAACUUUAAGUAAUGGUCUUAUGUAUUUCAUUUAAAGUGGGGCCAUAUUAAGUUAUUUGCACUUGUUCCGGUCGCUGUGUUUUUCCACUGAUGCAAUUAAACAUGGCCGACACAUCAUCCAGUGUAAUCCAAAACCUUCUAUGCAUUGCUCAUAAUAUCCACACUGAAGAAUAUUUUACGACUGUUGACCACUAAGAUUUUUUUAUUUGACUUUGAAUGUGAUGCUUUAUUGGUAUGAUUAAAGGGAUAGUUUGACAUGUUGGGAAAUGCACUUAUUCGCUUUCUAGCCGAGAUUUUAAUAAGAAGAUUGAUAGCACUCUUACCACACUUCGCACAAAGACUGGAACCGGGGAAACCGCUACCGGUUCUUUCCACCAUACCUCUGCUCAAUGAUUAACACAUAUCUGGUUUGUGUAAUCCGUUCAAAAACCAAAAUGUAGAAACAGGGGCUGUCGUUUUAGGGGGUACUAUUUACAGUACAAUGACUCGUAGUGACUUGUAGUCCCUGUACAAACACAACUUGUUGUUUUUACACUUCAGCUUUUGUACAGAUAAAAAAGAAAGAGCUGUGAUGAGAUGUGAUCUGGAUGAACAAGGCUAUUUGUUUUCACCCGUUUCCAGUCUUAAUGUUAAACUAGACGGUUUGGCUGCUGGCUGUGGCUUAAUAUUUACCACACACACAUGAUGGUGGUAUCAACCUUACUAAGAAAGCUAAUGCACGUAUUUCCCAAAAAUGUACAAUCCAAGAACAAGAAGUAUUUUAAUUAGCAAGGUCUGGUUGGGAAGCUUACAGUAAAGUCUUGUUACAACUAAACCUAGUAGAGUAUAAAGAUGUUUUCUUGUUACACCCAAAAUGACCAUUUCAUUACUUGAAUUUGUUUCAAUGAAUCGUAGCCCAAAUCUGACAACUUGUCCUUGUGUUUGGACAAUAUUUCUUGUACAGCCAAAUUGGGUGCACGCAGCCUUUGACAUGACACUCGUCGUUUUGUGACAUUACGCAACCUGAGUAAACAAGCCAUGUGGGACCAUGUUCUCCGAGAGUUUAUUUUGACCUGCCCUCAAAUCAGUUUCAAGGUGAGCAAGGCAGUUGUUACCAAACAAACUGGACCAUGAAGUAUGACAACUUUGACACAGUAUCGGUCAAUGUUUAAACACCAAGCUGCACUGUUCUCUCACGUGUAACCUCACCUUGGCAUUCCCAUGGUAUUUCUGUGGACAUCAGAAGACGAUCAGCCACAAGACUGCAUAUUUGGGUUUUUGAAUGUCAGCAAUUUGUAGAGGAAUGGGGCCUUAAAUGUUUUCGUUUUAAAGGAAAUGCAUCUUUUCACUUGGUUAAUUGAGAGUCAGAUGUUCCCAGUGUUGGUGUGGAUGUUUUUAUUUGUAUGUAUGUAACUAUAUUGUAUAUAACUUUAUAAAUACAUGAAUCCUUUGUGUAAUAAAUGGACUAUUCUCA